GACCGACUCAAAACUCAGAAUAUAGCGCAGGAAUGUUCCAUGGCCAUAUAGCCUCGGGAGUCGAGCAAUAAACGAACUGCGCGAAUCGAUCGUCGGAAAAUAUCAAUCAAUCGGUGAAUUUUGGGGGAGAUAAAGAUAAAAUGGCGCUUCAAUGGAUGAUCCUGACGUACGUGGUGGCGGCGGAGGCUGCCAUUGCAAUUCUCGUCACAUUACCAUCGCCCAAGGCAGUGAAGUCUCGCAUCGUAUCGCUCGUCUCGCUCAUUCUCCAGCCUUCGCUCUUUAUAAUACCCUUCGCUGGUUUUCAGCUCCUCGAUAUAUACUGGAAGAAUGAGCAUCGGUUGAUGUGCACGGGGGAGGUCUGUACGGCUGCUGAGAGGGAUCGCUACGAGAAAGGGAUAUACAAAUCUCAGAGGAAUGCGGCACUAUGCGUUGCUUCUUGCCUCCUAUAUUGGUGCAUCUAUCGUGUUUGCAAGUAUAAUAGAGAGAUCCACCGCUUGGAGGAGAUGGAGAAGAGGUUCAAGGAUGAGUAAUAGCUUUCCUUAUCCAGUUGUUUUUUUUUUUUUUUUGGGAAAACAAUAGACAGAGGAUUUCAAUUAGCUCUAUGAAAAGUGAUUGAGUUGAGGCAUGUUUAAUGGUGCUUUUGUUGUUCUGCGCUGUAACUUUGGUUCCUCUAGUUCCAAGAAAUAAACGUAGUCGAUGGAUAAUACUGUCGUACCAUAACCUGCAAUCUUUGUAUUUCAAAUACCGGAAGUCCGAUUGAUAUAUCUUAGAAUAAAUUACCAUUCUCCUCA